CGGCCGGACAGCAGGUCGCACCCGUGUUCGCUCAGGAUCUCCUGCACCGAUGGAAGUCUACGGAUCCUUGCGACCUUGUUCCUCUGGAUUCUUACCGAGCCUGACCACCAUGAGAGACAGCUACAAGGGCUUCAGUGCCACGCAGCUUCAGCCACAGCAAGUCAGCUUCGACCUAACGGGAAGCGGGAAGUCCAAACCCAGGCUGGUCUCUGUUCAGCGGAAAUCCACGGAACCGUUCGAGAACCAUUGGGGAGGGGAACAGCUCAUUAGGAUGCCGCCUCUCAAACCGAACCCGGUAGCCAUGUGUCAGAUCACCCGGGAAGAUUGGCUGCGCGCCAACAACGUAAACUUCCGGCGCUUGGAGAGCAGCAGACGGCAUGCGGAAAGCUUCUGGCGCGAGACCUCCCGAUUGAUCCAGAGUAAAGAGCAGCUUACGCGGCGAACGCAGUCUGACAGCUCCCGGUGGAUCGGUGAACGGAUAACGGAAAUCUCGUUCUGGCGGAGCGAGCUGGGGUUCGAGCUCGAGCAGCUUCUCCGGGACACGGAGAGGCUACGUCAGGUCAAGUUCCGGUUGGACAGGGCCUUAAAGGAGACCGACGGACCACUGCAGAUGUCCCAGGAGUGUCAGUUCCAGUGUCAGAAACUCAACGACGGAGUCAUCGAUGUAGUGGAGAAAGAACUGGUGCAGGAGGUAACAGUGAUCAGGUCUUCUCAGGAACAGUUGAAGAGGACAAGAGACAAAGUCCAGAAACAGCUGGAGUCCAACAGGAGAGUGCAGCACCAGUUGGAAAGAGACAUGGAUGAUAAACACAGAGCUCUCCAGAUCGACAGCCACUGUCACACACUGACCAACUGUUCUCCUGCUACCAGUUAUUACCCUGACCUCAGCCUGGUAGAUACCAGUGUCUCAGUGCCGGUGUCUUGGGUUCAGUAUUCGGAGGACAACAUCGGGACGUCGGCGUCAGAGAGGCGAGCCACGCGGGAGCUAACGGAGCUGGUGGAGGGAACCCUGGUUGCCGCGGCGAGAGACAUGUGGUCUCAGUACAACCGUGUCAACGCCGCCUUCACACUCCGUGUCAACCAGACCACACACGCUAGGAACACGCUACAGCAGCACCUGGCCAAGACCCUGCAGGAGAUGCAUCAGACGGAGCGUACCAUCUCAGAUUUGGAGGGGUCCAUCUGGGCGAAGAGAGCCCCCCUCAGAGUGGCUCAGUCCAGGCUGGAGGAACGCACCCAUAGACCUAAUAUAGAGCUCUGCAGGGACCAACCACACAGCAGGUUGCUGUCUGAGGUGUCUGGUCUCCAGGACACUGUUUUAUCUCUGAGACAGAGGUUGUCUGAAGCCCAGGCCACCCUGCAGCAGCUGGCUGGCUGUAAGAGUGUUUUAGAACAGGAGCUUUACACUAAGGCCCACUCCCUGUUUAUCGACCAGGAGAGAUGUCUAGGACUCCGCAAGACAUACCCCUCCACCCCUAGACUGGUGGGAUACACAUAGACAAGACAUACCCCUCCACCCCUAGACUGGUGGGAUACACAUAGACAAGACAUACCCCUCCACCCCUAGACUGGUGGGAUACACAUAGACAAGACAUACCCCUCCACACCUAGACUGGUGGGAUACACAUAGACAAGACAUAAACAGACACAGAGACAGAUUGAAGGUCCUUUCU